CACCCCCUGUCCACUUGUAGGGAGUUCGAUACAAAGAGGACAUAUUAUUUUACAGUAUCGCGGCUGUUAGGAUUGGUGUAGCACUCCAGUCGUCGAGGAACUUUCUGAGUCACAUCACCUCUAACACCGUCCUGCUGUUGUGUGUGACUGACUCUGUUUGUCUUUCGGCUGAGAGUGGUGAGCGGUCUCUCUCCCUCAGAUCACACUUUGGUCGGUCAACGGGUGUCGUUCUUUCUCUUCACCUUACCAGAGCACUUUUUCCCGUUUCUUUUUGGUGUUUCUUUUUACUUACUACGUUUUUUUUUAACUUAACAUUUGUGACUCGGUUGAGUAUAGCAACUUUGUGGUAGCUCGUGUGAGGGGGACUGAGGAAAGAGGAAUAGAGAGAGGGAAGCAAGUUAAGUUUGAGAAGAAGAAGGAACUAAUUCUUCUUGCUGAACUACAGCAAGAAACACAAAAGAAAAAACUAAAGACAAGAGGAGGAGAGCAUGUGCUGUACGGGGAAGUGUGCCCGCCUGGUGGGCCUGAUCCUGCUGCCCUCCGCCUUCUGCUGCAUGAUCGCCAACCUGCUGCUGUUCUUCCCCAACGCUGAGGUCCAGGAGAACAGCCACAUCUCCCUUCAGGUCUGGCUGAUGGGGGGCCUCAUCGGGGGGGGCCUCUUUAUGCUGUGUCCCAGCUGCUCAGCUAUCAGAGCCGGGGGCAAGGGUUGCUGUGGAGCAGGUUGCUGUGGCAACCGUUGCCGGAUGUUGAACUCUGUCUUCUCAUCUGCGUUUGGCGUGAUCGGAGCGAUCUACUGCACCAGUGUGUCCUCUGCAGGGCUGGCUAUAGGACCCAAGUGUCUGACAGCUGACGGGGAAUGGACAUACCCCUUUGAAAACCCCCCAAGUCAAAACAGCAGCUACCUGGUAGACCACACCCUGUGGAGCCUGUGCCUCCAACCCGUGGACGCGGCGUUGUGGCACAUCGUCCUGUUCGCCAUCACGCUGUGCCUGGGCCUGCUGCAGCUCGUUCUCUGCGGCAUCCAGGUCGUCAACGGAUGCGUGGGCUGCAUCUGCGGGGACUGCCGCGAAAGCAAGGAGGACGAGGGUGGAUUGUAAGAGAACCUGGAGGGUGGAGAUAAAGGCUCCUCAGCAAGACGCUUCCUACAAUCAUCUUCUCUGCCGCUGUGUGUCUUCAUUUUCCAGUUCUUUCUCCAGUGCCUUGACAGAGAUUGGUCGCCUCACAUCUCCAAAUGUAUGAUGUAACCCUAUGAGUCCGGCGUGAGCUUGUCUUCUGUGUGUUUCCCUGUCGUUGAAUUAUUAAGUUUGAUUCUCCUUCGAUAUGUAUUAUUGAGAGUGUCAGCCAGUACCCAGACACUGACUUUUGUGCUGUACUACAAAUUGCCCUCGCAUAGGACAUUAACGUUUUCCAAGUCUUACUGUACUCUUACUUAUUACUGUACGUCACAGGAGCGGAACUCUCACAUUACGUGACUUGUUUGCCUCUGUCAAAUGAUAUUUUGUAUGUUGUUUUUUCAUGAUCGGACAAGAUGAUUGGAAUAAAAACCGUCCCCCCCCAAAACAGAA